AUGCGAACACUUACUCCGGAACUGGCUUUUGAACUAGCUUCUCGUGGUGGACAGCAAUUUACAGAACUCCACGAUGGUGUCUUAAUUCAUGCUGUCCUAAGAAAUUCUCCCGCUCAAAGAGCAGGAUUGAAGGCUGGUGAUGUAAUAGUCGCUAUUGACGGUUUGCCUAUAACGAACGCACAGCAAGUCUAUGCAGCAACAGAAAGUCGAGAGCAGUUGUCAAUUGUUGUCAUCAGACAAGGAAGACGCAUAACAAUAGACAAUAUUCAAACUGAAAAAGUGUAA